CCGGCGCGGCGUCACCUCGGAGAAAGCCCUUCCCUUUCCCAGCAGGGCGAGCGAGAAGCAAGCGGCUUGGCACCCCAGCCUGCUGCCUCUGCUCUCUCUCUUCGCCUCUCUCUCUCUCUCUCUCUCUCCACUCUUCUUCCCCAGUAUUGAGAUGGACAAUGUCCUCAUCGACCGAUCAGCGAGCGGAUUUGAGUUCCGGAGCUUCACCAUGGGCGCGCUGGCGCCUGACACUCGCAGUCGCAGCAUCUACAGCUCCUUCCCGUACGUUUCACCGCUGCCAUCCUUCCAGUACGUGCCGUACCUGCACUCUUCGCUGACCCUCCCUCCGCUGCAUCCUCGGCGCCACCCGCCUCGCCUCCCGCUCCCGCCGCCGGCGGUAGCGGCAACGACCAUGGCCAAGGACGCCGCUGCCGCCAAGGGAAAGCCGGUGACGGCACCGAGGAGGACGGGACCGGCAGGAGAGUACAAGAGGAAGAAGCCGCCGCGGACGCCGAGAACGGGGGAAGAGCCUCCGAGGGCGCAGCAGCGGAGGAAGCCGCUGGAGCGGGCGACGCCGCUGCCGCCGGCGCCCGCCGUGCACGAGGCGCUGGACGACCUGGAGCGCCAGGUCACUAGGGGGUUCGUCGAGGACCUCAUGCUCGCGCUCGCGCCGCCGCCAAGCAGCUUGCCGCUGCCCACCUUCUCACUCGUCAGGGCUGCCACGCCCAAGGCCGUGGUGUCAUCCUGCACAGUUUAGCCAACCACAGGCGGCGCCACCAAUCGUCUUCCUUUCUCCAAGACUUUUUCUUUGGAUGGAAGAAAAAAUGCUGCUACAAUGCUUUUUAUUCCUGAAAGAAGGGGGCUAUUUUAAUUACUCCCUCAUUUUCUUUACAAUCCUUUUUUCUAAUUUUGGUGUGAUGUGAAAGUGAACCUAAUUUAUACGGUUUGCAUAACACAUCCACUGUUAACUUCUUGAUGGGGGGUCAGUUUUUAUUGGCUUGUAUCAAGAAUUCAAGAUCAAGAUAAGUCUUACGCUUCACCAUGUAUCAAUUAUAAUAUAUACAUGUCCUUUGUCA